UAGACACUACACACUUGAAUACACAAGGUGUGGUGUUCAUACCCAAAACAAGUGUCAGGUGUGACCAGGUUGCAGUUUUGUGUAGUAUCUUCAAAGCAUCGCUCUGGGAAGCUGGAUUUUUCGAUAUAUUUGAUAUAUUUGUCAUUUUAAAGUCACUGGGGCAAGAAGGCCUCAACACAGCUAAAUAAUGGCAGUCCUCGCCAAAUCAUUUUUGGUGUGCCUUCUGUGGACAAUACUUACUUUCUUGGAUCAUGCAUUUGCACAAACCCCAUCUCCGGCAAACCUACCAUGUGAGAUAUACGACUUUGCAGAUGGAACGCCUAUUCAAUCAGGAAAGCUUAGAGUAGACAUUGAGGAAACAGAUUUUAAACCCCAAGAUGAGAAGCUGCAAAUGAUCCGUGUGCCAAUUGGAGGUGCGAGCAAUAUUUUUUUAAAUGGCUCAACACCAAAAGAUUAUAAUACAAUGGUGAAAUAUGGAAUAACUGUUGGCUGGGAUGGAUCUGGAUAUAUUACGUUACUGGUGGAAGAACCAAUAAAUCGAGAUGGCAAUAAUACCGAUAACAAUGAUGAUUUGGAUGUUAUCUCGUUCCUGCUAGCAUGUGAAUAUUUUAUCGACGGUUUGACAGCAACAGAGUACAUAGAAAUGACACUAAAUGUGAGAGAUUCUAAUGAUAAUGCACCACAGUUUGGACAACCUUCGUAUCAAGUGAAUAUUAAAGAGGCUACUCCAGUAUCGUCCACUGUGCUUGAUACCAUUGCUGCCACAGAUCUGGAUGCUAAUGAAAACAAAAAGCCGUUCUAUAACAUCAUAUCAGGAAAUUUUUAUGGUACAAACAGAGUUUUCUCAAUGCCUGAAUCUUCAAAAGGAUACAUCAUGUUGGAAAACAAAGUUGACUUUGAGCUUUUAAACAGAAAUUCCAACUUAGAUUUCAGUAUCGUUGUCGAGGCCAGGGAUAACUCGCUAAAUGAAGCUGACAGGAAGACUUCCACAACUACAGUUACUAUAAGUAUAGAAGAUAGCGAUGAUCUGACACCAUCGUUCUACCACACUGCAUGCAGAGAUACGUCGACUCUUGUUAAUUCCUGUGACGGUGUUACCUAUAGAGCACUCAUUACCUCUGGAACUAGGGCCACUGGUGUUAUUCCUGUAAUUCCACUUGUUCAAGGAAAUGAAAAUACAGCAGCUAGUCUUCGUGCCUUUGAUCUGGAUCUGCUGAAUGCACCCAUAGAAUUUGAAAUUGUUGGCAGUAAGCCAGAAGGAUAUAUAAAUUACUUCUCUGUACAAACAUCUGGACCAACAACUGAUGCAGCUCUUCCUGGUCGAAACAUUUAUACAGCAGAACUUCGCCAGAACAUUGCUAUCAGCAGGAGAGAUGCCAAAGCAGUGUCACUUUAUUUAAAGGCAAAACAAACGGAUAAUAAUGAGAUGUACCGCUUAGCAACCAUAGAGUUUCAAGUACAAAGAAGUAAUGUUAACCCACCAGUAGUCUCCACUUUAACUGGUGGAACAACAGGUUACAUACGUGAAAAUGUGGUUGAUGGGACUAAUGUUCGUGUAUCUGCAACAGGAGAUCCAUCCCUGCAAAUAAUAGUCACUGAUCCAGAUGUGGUUGAAGGUGAUGAUCAAGGCUACAUUUACACUAUUACCACACCAUCGGUACCUUUUGCUAUCCAGUCAUUCAAUGACUCUGCCAUAAUAUAUUCAACAGGUCCAUUGGACAGGGAGAAUACACCAUCUUAUACUUUCACAGUUCAAGCGACAGAGAACAUAGGCGCGGGAGCACUGUCUGGUAGUAGACAGAUCACAGUUAUCAUACAAGAUGAAAACGAUAACAAGCCUACUUUCACUGCUUCUGGUUUCACCAGAACGAUCACAGAGGGGGAUUACUCUGGUUUCAAUAGGGUACUUCUCUCUAAUCAAAUAAGAGCAACAGACAUCGAUGCUGGCAAUAAUGGAGCCGUUUCAUACAGAAUAAAGAGUGUGUCUGUUGCGAGUGGUUCCCUGACUGAUGCAGAGGUAACCAGUAUCCUGCAGUUAGAGCCUAAUGGGGAUAUUUACUUGAAUGGUACAGUGUCAAAAGAUCUUUCAUUUGUGGUGACCAUUGAAGCUUCAGAUAAUGGUGCUAUAAGACCAAGGACAGAGGUAGAGACGCUAACAGUGACUGUUACAUCUGCUGGAUUGAAUCCUCCAGUGUUCGCUGCCAACAAUUUCAUUACCCAAGAAAGUGAGGCUGCCCCAGGCCAGUCUUUGGUCUUAACGCGCACUGCUGUAGAUCCUGAAGGUGGUCCUUUGACAUACAGAAUUGAGACAUACAUAACUGGCUCUGAUAAGUUUGACAUUGACCAAAACACUGGGGAUAUCCGAGUAACUGGUCCACCGGGUUUAAAGCCCCUUGACUAUGAGACAGAACAAAGAUAUGUGUUUACAGUUAUUGCUGAAGACAAUACUAACUUGGAGGGCACAGCAACAGUGACUGUGGACAUUACAGAUGUGAAUGACAAUGCUCCACAGUUCAACCGUCAGGAAUAUGUGUUCAAUGUUGAUGAAAAUCAAGAUAAUGCCAAUGUUGGGACCAUCAGUGGAUUUGAUGGUGAUGGAGAUACACUCAGUUUUCAGCUUGUUGACACAACAGCCUUUGCUGUAAGCUCAGGAUUAGGGGAGAUACGAACUACCAGAGCACUUAACUAUGAAGAGCAAAACCAGUAUGUAUUUUUUGCACGUGUUAUCGACUCAGGCAGUCCAUCUCUUGCCAAUAUGGUUAAAGUGACGGUAAAUGUUAAUGAUUUGGAUGACAACAUUCCACUUUUUGUGGAUGCGAUCUACACGGGCGAAGUACAAGAAGGUCAGGCUGGAAUUGCUGUCACAUCAAUUGCAUCAGGGAAUAAUCUUCAAGUUAUGGCAAAUGAUGCAGAUGAUACAAAUCAGAUAACAUACAGAUUUGAAAUUGAGCCAAACAAUGACUUUACAAUUGACCCCAGCACUGGUGAGAUCAGAACUGCAAGGGCUUUAGAUUAUGAGAUACAAACCUCAUACUCGUUCUGGGUGACAACUAACGAAGGACUAACUUUUGCACAAAAUGCACCGAACAGUCAAGCUAGAGCACGUGUUGACAUCUUCGUACGCGAUGUUAACGACAACGCACCUGUUAUCGGGGCCACUACUACCGAUAUAAGUGUACCUGAAGACUUUGUUGAAUAUCAGACAAGCCAGGGUAAUUCACUGGAACUUAAUUUUGGUCUCUUUGGGUCAGAUGACGACCAACCGAAUACUGGAAACAGUCAAAUAGAUUUUUCUAUAGAAUCUGUGUUCCCUGCCUCGGCCCAGGGCAAGUUUAUUAUUUAUCCUGGUUCAAACCUUGUCACAGUGAUUGGGACUCUUACAGAAAAUUUCAGUGGACCUAUACAGCUGACCAUUAGAGGAACUGACAGAGGGACACCAGCCCGACCAGAUAAUGGUGAUCUCAAAGUUACAGUUAAUGUGAUACGUAACACCGCACCACAAACAGUUCCAUCAGUCAGUCGCACGGAAUCAAUUGACGAUAAUGUUAGCACCGGUGCUCUGGUGUCUUCAUUUGCAAUGUCUGAUUCAGAUUUGGAGGUUCGAUACAGAACCCUGACGGUUGCAUUCACAGGAGAGACCAAUGCUCUGACAUUCUUCAGGAUAGAACGACGAUUCAGUGAUGACAGCUUUGUGGAUAUCUACACAACCAAUAAUCCCAUUAGCUCAGAUGAUGCUCUUGAGUACAUCUUGACGUUCACAGUCACUGAUGGCGGCAUUGGAGUAGCUCAACGGUCUACAGACUAUACACUUACGUUAACUGUGAACAGGAACAGAAAUAGUCCAGAAUGGUUUAGUUCAUUCUCGGCCCCAAUCCCAGUCAGUGAAAACCUUUUCCUCACCAACCCUGUUGCAACGAUCAACAUUAGAGAUCUUGAUCUCAGUGCACCACAUAAUCUGAUGGAUUGUGAAGUAGUCGGAAAUGCUGUUGCGAGAGACUAUUUCCGAACAGAGACAGACAAUGACUUAGGUAGAUGUUACGUGUACCUGCAGAGGUCACCAGCUCGUGACAGAACUUUGAAUGUAUUCAAUGUUGAAUUAAGUUUGAAAGACAGGGGUGUACCAACACCACUGCAGGCUUCUAACCUGAACCUUGUAUUCAACAUUACACGCAAUGACCGAAGCCCAAUAUUCUUUGAUCUUAUUGGUGGCAUAUAUACAGCUACUAUCAGUGAGAGGGAUGCAGUUGGAACACUUGUAAAGACUGUUUCUGCGACAGAUUCUGAUCCUGAUCCCCAGAACAACCAGAUUUCUUAUCGAAUUAUUGGAGAUUCUCUAAGUCAAAGUCUUUUCUCCAUCGAGGAUCAGACCAUUGGAUCUAGCUAUCAAGGACUAGUUAGGGUGAAUGAUGACCUGACUCUAGACUCUGCUUCAAGGUACCAAGUAAGAAUUGUUGCCUUUGACAAUGGAGUUUUUUCAAGGAGCGCAACUGCCUUGCUGAUCGUAACAGUGAGACGAAAUUUUGAAACACCAGCGUUUGAUACAAAUUCGUUGAAUUUAGCAGUGACCAUUCCAGAAGAUCAGGAACUCGGUGUUGGUAUUGCACAACUGUCAGGCAGUGAUGCUGAUAACCAAGAACCAAACAAUGUUGUCAACUUCCAGUUCUUACCAACCUCAGUUGGACAGGAUUUCUUUGCAGUUGCUGCAGACACUGGUGUUGUGUCUGUGAAGAAAGACUUGGGGUCAGAUACUCAAAACAGAUUACAAUUUCAGCUGUUUUUUCAAAUCUACGAUCUUGGAGAACCAAGGCUGACGAAUAUUAAUACAGCUACUCUUACUGUGACAGUGGUAAGAAAUACAGCUCCACGCUUCACUGAGCCACAAAAAUCUGUAUUCCCGGAUGAAACAGUGCCUGCAGGAUUUGAUCUCACCUCAUUCACCUACUUUGAUGCUGAUGAGAGUAAUGGACUAAAUGGGAAGUUCUCAACACUGACUUUUGACAUAGUGUAUCCAACUGGUGCAGACAACUUCUUUACUCUUGUUAACACUCCAGCAACUAGGACACUGACAGUACAGACAAGCAGGUCAUUACUGGAACCAGCUAAUCAAGAUAGAGUGAAUGAAUGGGAGCUGGAAAUACAAGUUAAAGAUGAUGGUGGUUUGACAGGUACAACUACACUUCUGGUUAAAAUAAACAGAAAUCUUGAGCGACCAGUAAUGGUUCAGUCAGUCAUGGUAGCAGAGAUACUUGAAAAUGCGGUAGCGGAAACCGCAGUUGGAGAACCUGUUCAGGCCACUGAUGCAGAUUCCUCGUCACCAUACAAUGUUCCAAGAUACUUUAUUGCUGGAAGUUCAGCAGGAGCAACAAAUUUCUUCACCAUUGACAGUCAAUCUGGACAGAUAAAAGUACGAAGGAAAUUGUACUCAUCCGACAAUACACAGUCUCUUUCUGACACAACAUACACUCUUAACAUUGGAGCAGAAGAUAAUGGAGGUGAUGUUAAACUUACAUCAGCGACCAACACUCAGUAUACUGUCACAGUGCUGCGCAAUCUAGAGACCCCAGUUAUAUCAAAUACAAAGAACGAAAGAAUUUCAAUUUCCAAGUCAGAAGCUCUUAACUCUGUAGUUUAUAGCGUUACUGCUUCAGAUGCUGAUGAGACAAGGAGGUUCCCAUUUCAAGACAUUACCUAUGCCAUCAGAAACAAUCCCGAUGGUAUGUUUGUGGUGGACACUAGAAAUGGAGCUACUGGCAGCACCAAAAUAGGAGAUGUUCGGCUCGUUGGAAAUCUCAAUACUGGACUUUCUGAAUAUACUCUGGAUAUCUCUGCGUGUGAUAGAGGACCAGUACCAAAAUGUGACGUUACAUAUCUUACAAUAUCAGUAGACAGCAACCUGGCGCGGCCAGUUCUGACCUUUCCUGAUGCCGGGAGCCAGUUCAGGGCUGCUGUACAGAUACUUGAAGACAUCACAACAGAAUACACUGUGUUUGAUGUCAAUGCCGAUGAUUCUGAUACAACAAGUCCGUUUGGUGACGUAUCAUUUGAGAUUGUUGCACCUACCACUGACGAGGCACAAGAUCAGUUUGUUAUAAAUAAAAAUACUGGUGUGAUUAACAUUAGGAAAUCUCUCAUUGGUUUAACACAGAACCAAUUUGUUGUAUACGUACAAGCUAUUGACGGAGGUGGAAGGCGCUCCAGUAACACUGGUGAAAUCACGAUUAAUGUUGUUAGAAACGAGUAUCCACCAAUUUACGUUAACUCAGCCACCAACACAUACCCAUAUUCAACAUCUAUUGACUAUCAGAGUCAGCCAGGAAUCAUUGUUGAUGUUAACGCUAUUGACAACAGAGACGCCUUCAACAUUGUUAAAUAUAAAUUGAGUACAAGUUAUUCAAAUUACUUUAGCAUUGAUGAAAAUACUGGUGUAAUCAGGCUCCUGGGUGAUCUAAGAGAUACAGAAGUACAGACGAUUGAACAGUUCAAUCUCCUUGUGACAGCGUAUGAUAACGGCUCUCCAGCAAAGGAAAACGAAACAAUUGUUGUUGUGAACAUAAACCGCAAUAACCAAAGGCCAUCAUUUGACGUUACUAAUUUAAAUGAGAGAAUCUCAGAGGAAACCACACCAAGCACCGUGAUCUUAACUGUGUCGGCUGAUGAUGGAGACCUUACGUCACCUUACAAUGUUGUGUACUAUACAUUGGUUGGAAACACAAAAGCUGAGCAGUUCUUUUCGGUUGACCGCAACAGUGGCGCAAUUUCCGUCAAAGCUGAUCUACGUGGGGAUGUUGAUAGGCUUUUAAACUAUGAGUUGAGAAUAGCUGCUACAGAUGGAGGUGGCCUAGGUUCCAGUAACACGGCAACAGCCAUAGUCAGUGUUUUUCGUAACAACUUCGAUCCUGUAUUUAGAAAUGCUCUGCCAGAAAUCACCAUUGAUGAAGAUAUAGCUACUGGAGAAACUGUCUAUACAUUUGAAUACAGUGAUAGUGAUCCUGAUGCACCGUUUGGAAAUGACAACCUUGUUCUGCAAACUCUUGGUGAUUUUGGUGCCACCGAUUACUUCAAUUUGGACCUUGCCGCUGGUAGUCUGACAGUUCGACAGGAUCUGUCGAGGCAACCAUUGGAUCAAUUCUCUUAUCGUGUGAAAGCAGCAGAUGGUGGCAGUCCACCAAGGACAUCUACAAGUGCACUGACUAUCAACAUAAGACAGAAUCUUAAUACACCUGUGUUUGAUACAAGCAGUGGUCCAUGUGGUGGAGAUUUUUCAGAGGAUAUAGCUGCUGGCACUUUCAUUACCUCAGUGAUUGCUACAGAUAUUGAUGUUAAGAAUCAAUUUAAUACAGUAACCUACUACUUUGACACUACAACUGAUGAUCAAACUUACUUCCAUAUAUCAAAACUUCCGAAUGGAGCUGGCGAAAUACGAUUGGCCAAAAAUUUGAAAGAUGAUCUGUCAAGACGUACAGAAUAUAGGGUACAAGUGUAUGCCACGGAUAGUGAGAGGACAUCUUCACCACUUACAUGUACAUUUACUGUGUACAGAAACUUGAAUACGCCACGGAUCACUAACACAAAUUUUGAAACAACAAUAUUCGAAAACCAUACUUUGUUUGCCCCUGUGUUUGACAUUGAAGCAGAGGAUAAUGACAAUAGGGCACCAUUCAAUUCACUGUCUUACAGUAUAACUUAUGACAAUGAAGCCCAAAGACUUUUCCAGAUCAACAGUAAUGGAGUUAUCACACUGCGUCAGAGCCUGCUCACAGAACCGUUGGACCAGUACAAGCUAUUGGUUCUGGUCGCAGAUGGGGGUAAAGUGCCACAAGUUACAUCGGCUGAAGUGAUUGUAAAUGUUUUGCGCAACUUCUUCGCACCACAGCUUGGUGUAGGGGAGCCUUCUGCCACAAUAAAUCGAGAAAUUUCAGAAAUUACGUCUCGAGGGACAGUUGUUGUUGAUUUAAAUGCUGUUGAUAAUGACAGAAAUCCACCUUACAAUACAGUGACAUACUCUCUUGUCAGCCUUUCAAGCACUGGCUCAUCCGGAACGCCAUUAACAAACCCAUUCAUUCUGGACAUGGAGACUGGAGAAAUUGAAGUUGCUGGAUCCCUUCUUAAUCCUCCCAGUUUUAAUGACUACACACUUACAAUUGCAACCCAAGAUGGAGGCAGUCCAAAUCCAAAAACAGGCGUAACAUAUACCGUGACAAUAACUAUUUACAGAAAUACCUUUGCUCCAGAAAUUUUGAAUUUACCAAACAGUACUCUGAUUGAUUCUACAAGACUUGCUGGACAAUUGGUAUUCGAUGUAAAUGCACGAGACAGUGAUACAAGAAUCCCAUUUAACCAGUUUGGUUAUUACUUGGCAGGGACUUACCCUGAUACGGACUUUUUCACAGUGGAUGUUAAUACUGGUAUAAUAAGCUUGUUGAGAAAUAUUAAUCUUGAUUCAAAGGAAGUGUAUACUCUUCAAGUUGAAGUACGUGAUGGAGGAAACCAGUAUAGAGUCGGUGAUCCAUAUUUGUCAACAUACAAAUUCCUACAAGUACGAGUGAACAGAAACGCUGGUGCACCUACUUUUAACCCAUCUAGUUACACCCCACAACAAAUCAUUGAACAUUUUCCAACUGCCACAGAUAUCGCAUCGAUCACUCUAAGUGAUCCUGAUGGUGAUGAAGUGGAAAUGAGAGUUGAUGACACAAGACCGAAAGCCGAUUAUUUCAGGAUUGACGGAAACAGGCUUCAGCUGAUCAAAUCGUUAAGUGAUGAUACAGACAGAUUGUCGACUUACACCGUCUUUAUUAAUGGAAAUGACAUUGGAAAUCCCAACAAUCCUGCAACAAAUACUGCCACGGUUACGAUUACUGUAGAUAGAAAUGACUUCCCACCAGAGUUUAUAUUUAUUAAUGAUGAUCGAUAUAGAGGAAGUGUAACACGUAACUCUCCAAAUGGAACAUUAGUUACUAGAAUAUCUUGGGAUGAUGAUGACAUAACGUCACCUUAUGGAGAUGUGACUGUUAGAGUUACUGCAGGAUCAGGCUUCUCUGAACAGAUCUUUGGUCUACGAAAUAUUGUAGGCAAGAGUGGUGAAAUUCAUGUUGUUAAUCAACAGCUUCUUUCAGCAGAUGAUUCUUAUGACUAUUCGCUUGUCCUUACUGCUACGGACGGUGGUCCAUCUCCCAAUUCAGUACUUGCUGAUGUCGACAUUUCAUGUGAGCGCAAUCUGUUGGCACCAACAUUUAAUCUGCCAGCUGGUUUCAGCCGUUACGAGGUUAAUGUUGAGGAAACCAGACAAGUAGGAUAUGAAAUCCUGACGGUUCAAGCUACUGACCUUGACCCCAAGGAGCCAAACAAUAAAUUCAAGUUCUAUGAACAAUCACCAAAUGAUUAUGUGAAGAUUGACUCAGAUGGUGUAAUCAGGGUUAAAGGAGAUCUGACAAUUCCAAACUCCCCAAUCAUCUACAACAUAUAUGUUGAAGAUGAGGGAGCAAAUGUCAAGUUGCGAACUAACGUUCAAGUGCAAGUCAAUAUCAUUAGAGAUACAGGCACAUUGGUUUUCAGAGAGACUCCUUAUAGUGGCGAAAUUGUGGAAACUGUUCCGCUUGGCUACACUAUUCUCACUGCAAAAACUUUACCCUCGGAUGGUGUAACUUUCAGUAUUGACAACGAUAAGUACUUAACUGCUUCUGUAUACUUCCAAAUUAAUUCUACAACUGGUGUAAUCUCUGUGGUUAAGAGCUUGUUGGAAGAUAAAUCAGGAACUGAACAAUACACACUGAAAAUUAAAGCAACACGUCAGUUUGAAGUGACCACGCAGUCAAUCACAACAGAUGUUCCAAUCCAGGUCAACAGAAACCCGAGUAGUCCAGUAAUAACAUCUGGUGUAUGUUUUGCAAGUAUCCCAGAGACAACACCACAAGGCACUGUUAUCGCUGACAUUGAUGCAACAGAUAAUGAUGCCAUUGAUGUGCCCAAUUUGCGGUUUUCAAUGGUAACUUCAAAUCUGAACAAUCACUCUAAUUACUUCUUUGUCAAUCCUACAUCGGGACAAGUUUUCCUCAAAGAGUAUCUUGACAGACCAAAUUUCAACAUUGGUACAUUCAUUUUUAGUGUGAGAGUGGAAGAUGGGAGAGAGAAAUCAGCACAGGUACAGUGUACAGUGACCGUUGGCCGUAACCUGCAGAGUCCAGAGUUCAUCAACAACCCACCAUACACUGCCUCUAUAUUGUUUAACCAACAGCUAGAACUGAAUUUUGUAACUCCAGAGGCAAUUGACAAUGAUUUACAGGGUGUAAUAGAAUAUGAGAUUACUGGUUAUGAUGCAGCUUCUCAGUAUUUUGGAAUUAGAAGUCUUUCAGAUGGUAAAGCGGGUGUCUAUGUGAAAUCACCACUGUUUGCUGAGGACAAGUUAACUACUUACGUGAUUGGACUGAGGGCCUAUGAUAAUUUAGUACCGGAUGAUGUUGCAGUGACAAACCUGACAGUGACAGUUAACAGAAAUCCCAAUGCUCCGGCUUGGACCAGAACAACAUACACCGAGUUUGUAAAUGAUUAUGAUAAAUUUGGUACCCGGAUAGUUCAACUGGAAGCAUCUGAUAUUGAUGGGCAUGCUGUGACAUUCACAGUAGACUCUGCCAACCCAAGUGACUGGGAUACAUACUUCCACCUGAACCCAGUAACAUCAAUUAUAAGUGUUAAACAGAGCCUUGUUGAUGCACCAUUCAAUGUUUACACGAUAAGAUUUAUAGGGAGAGACAAUGGUAUCCCACCACGUCCUACAAAUACCCAGGCCACAGUAGUGAUCAACAUAAAUCGUAAUCGUGCUUGUCCGCAGUUGAGUGUACCAAUUGGAGGUUUCACAGGUGUUAUCCGGGAAGAUGCUAAUGUUGGCACUCAAGUCAACAUACUAAUAACAGCUUCUGACACUGAUACAACUAGCCCAUAUAAUGUUAUCGAGUUUUCAAUGAUGGGUGAUGCACAGAUGCAACAGUUCUUUAGACUAGAAAACAUAUCAAAUACACAAGCAGUGAUCAGGACCGUAUCCAGCUUGAAUGUGUCAGAGGCCACAGUAUACAGGGCUGUGCUCAUGGUAACAAAUCCUGUUGAUCCAUCCUGCAGUGCCUCUUCGACUGUUACAAUCAAUGUUAACCGUAACCUAGAAACACCCGAGUUCACACAGGCUGAGUAUACUGCAGCAAUCCCAGAAACAGAAGAAUUUGGAAAUUUUGUACUUGGAGUCACUGCUAUCGAUAGUGACAGACUUGCGCAAUAUAGAACAACUACUUACAGACUCCAGAAUGCUCUAGGAGAGGCAGACGCACUUAAAUACUUCCGAAUUGACAAUGGUGGAAGGAUUUACGUUAAUGAUAACCUUUAUCUAGACAAUGCAGAUAGAACACCAUACAGGUUUACAGUUACAGCUGGUGAUGGUGGGCAACCUAGUCUCACAAACACAGCCAGUGUAGUGAUCACAGUCUAUAGAAACUACUUUACUCCCGUAUUCCAAAAUGUAGAUACAUAUGCUGAGACUAUAGCUUUUGACACUGCGGGUUCUGUGAUUUCAAAUGUUGUCACGGCAACUGAUGCUGAUACUGCUGUUUGGGACCCUUUCAGGACUGUGACAUACAACAUUGUUGGUCUGUAUGAAUCAUAUAGAAAUCUGUUCUCAGUGGAUCAAAACACUGGCACUCUUAGACUCAAUGCAAGACUCACCGGAGAUAUCCAGUCAGAAUAUCCUAUCCAGAUACAAGCUUGUGAUCAGGGAGUUCCACCAUUGUGUGAUGUAGCUGUAUUCAGACUGGGCAUCAAUAAUAAUCUGCGCAAUCCAGAAUUUGUAAGCACUGCUUGUGGACAACAGGUGGAUGAGAUCAGAACAGUCGGAGAUGUUCUAGAGACGAUCCUUACGAGAGAUACUGAUAGUGGUAUUUAUGGGGUCGUAAGUUACGAAUUAACACCAGUUACUCCAGGUGCUGACAACUACUUUGCCAUUAACAGUGCUGGGCAGAUAACUCUGAUCAGAGAGCUUGUUGGUACCGGAUCUGAUAGCUAUGAGUUCACAAUAAGCUUGCGAGAUGGUGGCAAUCUACCUUCAACUUCAACAUUGACCUGCACAUUUACAGUUAGACGUAAUAAUUUUACACCGGUGUUCACAAAUCUACCAAUGGUGCGAGAGAUUACGUCAAGCAUUGCAAACAAUAGCUUGAUUUAUGAUGUUGAUGCAACUGAUCAGGAUCCACCGACUUCUCCGUUUGGAAGAUUGUCAUACUCUUUAUUCCAUGCAUCAAAUGCUUUCUCGAUCAAUGCGAAUACCGGAGAGAUACGUCUUACUGGACCACUCCCAUCUUUGAGCACGUCUUCUGGCAUUGUAAUAUUUGUCAGAGUUCAAGAUGGUGGGGACCCGGCAAAAUUCAAUAGAUCAACUCUAAGACUGACCGUUCAGUCGAAUUUCGACACUCCAAGAAUACCAGCAGCUGUUUCGAGGGCAGUACUUGAAACGUUUGACAUAAGAGAUGAACUUUUCACUAUGGUAGCUGUGGAUGGUGAUCUGGCACCAAAUAAUGUACAGAGAUAUGAUAUUGACCCAUCCUCUGGUACACAAGUAACAGACUGUUUCAGGAUUAAUAAUCAAGGCCAAAUCUUUGCCAAAUCAACAUUAUACACACCACCUUGUGCAGGAAUAAACGAAUAUACGAUUUUCGUCACUGCCACUGAUGGAGGCAGUCCCACUAAAACAUCAGACCCACAAACUGCCCGUCUGCUUAUAACACGCAAUGAGUUCCCACCGGUCUUCCAAAAUCUACCUUCGACUGCUUCAAUACGAGAAGAUGAUGGAGCUGGUGCCAGUGUUUAUGAUGCUUUCGCAACGGAUGCAGAUACAACUUCAUCAUUUGGAAAUAUUACAUACAGUAUGAGAGAAAGUACUUCCCAAUCUUACUUUGUAAUUGAUCCAGUCAGCGGCAGGAUUUCUGCAAGGCGUGCAUAUGCUGAUCACAUACAGGAAACAUACACGGUGUUUGUCACUGCAACAGAUGGUGGACCAAUACCCAAGACAGACAGUGAAUACCUGACCAUUCAGGUAGCCAGGAAUCUGUUCGCUCCAGAAAUUGACGAAGCCUUAUACCAGUGGGUCAUACAAGAAGACAGAAGUAUCAACUCAGAGGUUGAUAGUAUCUCUGCUACAGAUAGAGAUACCAAAGAUCCAUGGAGACAGUUUAUUUUCGAAAGCCGUGGAACACCAACUGGUGAGCUAUAUUUUGAGCUGAGUGAAAAUGGUGUUGUCACAGUCAGGAAACCAUUGUAUGAAGAUACAACUAAACAAAAGCUCUAUGUGCUAAAUGCAGUUGCCAUCGACAAAAAUGGAGCGUCAGAUGGGCAGGUUAGCCAGCUAGCCAGGAUUGAGAUUACAGUGCUCAGAAAUGAUGACUGUCCAGUGUUUGUGAAUGUGCCAGCCAUACCGACCAUUGACGAGAGCCUCACAACUCAGUCCCUGAUCACACUGUCCGAUUAUGUUGUAGAUACAGACCCUGACGGACUUAUAUUUGGUCAGCAUACUUUCCGGCUGAUUAGUGACAAUAACAUUGGUGCAUUAUUCUCAGUGAACCAGAAUAAUGGUGAAAUCAGGACCCUGUCAAGUCUUUACUCUGAUUCUGAACUGACAUACUUUGUGAGAGUUGAAGUGAAAGACGGAGGCCCGUCAAGCUGUUCCGCUACCACUGUUGUUACUGUCAAUGUUAACAGAAACUUGUAUGCGCCUGAAUGGAGAAACACUAUGCCAGGAACAACUGAUGAGUUUGAGUUCAGAAUAAAAGAGACACUAAAUCCAAAUACACCAUUCUUUACAAUCUUUGCUGAAGAUCAGGACAAUAAGGUUCCAUACAGCAAUGUGAGAUAUGAAGUGGUGACCUCAACAGAUUUUUUUGGUGUGCAGGCCACAACAGGACAGAUGUACUUGACUGUAAGCCAGAUUGGUCUUACACAGAAUACGUAUCAAUUUGACAUAGCUGCUUAUGACCUUGGUACACCAAAUAAAAGGACUCCUGGCAAGAUGACAGUGUAUGUGGAUCGCAACAGAUUCCCACCAGAAAUCCUCAAUUUGAAUGCUGAAGUGGACAUAAAUGAAAAUCGCCCUGUUGAUUCCUUACAGUCAGUGUUUGACGUGCAAGCACGUGAUAAUGAUACCAUAAGUCCAUUUGGUGAUGUUAGUUUUGAACUGAUUGGUGAUGAUAUUGCUACAAGCUUCUUUCAAGUCAACAGUAAUGGGAAUGUUUUCCUCAUUAAAGCACUCGAGAGUGAUAACAGUUUUAACCAACUUCAGCUGAGAAUAAGGGCAAGGGAUGGAGGAAGUCCAGCUAAGACAGACACAAAGCUUCUCAUAUUUAACAUUCGUAGAAACAGAAACCUGCCAACUUUCUCGACUCGAUUCUAUAACAAACGUAUCCUUGAGACACAACCAGUUGGUGUUGAAUUGAUCAAGGUCACAGCAACAGAUAACGAUGAAGAGUCUCCCAAUAAUGAUAUUGAUUAUUACCUUGAUGCUGCCAGCAAUGAUGCCAACAUCGGCGAUUUCUUCAACGUCGGACGACUGGCCGAGGCAACUGGCGAUCUUGGUGUACUUUCCUUGAAAAAGUCAAUGAUGGAGUACCCUAACAGCCUCACCCAGUUCACUGUUACAGUAAAUAUAUAUGCACGGGAUCGAGGAACUCCAAACAAUCAGUCACCAGAGUCGGCCCGGGUUACAGUGACGGUGAUCCGAAACACACCACCAAGAUUUACCGACACUGAUGCCAAUAGUAAUUACGAAUCUGGUGGUAUACCUAUGAACCUGCCUGCAGGUGGCACUGUGUUCCAGACAAAAUACAUAGAUACUGACACUGAUACUCCAUUCAGAGAUCUCGAGUUCUCCAUUAAGGGAGAUGCAACUGCACGUAACGUGUUCAAUAUCACUUCCAGUGGUGUAGUUAUCACCAAGCCAGGAGUCAACCUAGAAGCUCUGCAGCCUAUAGAUUACUAUUUGCAGUUAGAAGUGAAAGAUGGCGGUACACCACCUCUGGUCGAUUAUGCUUACCUUCAUGUAUUUGUUGAGAAGAACUUGUUCCCACCUGUAUUUGCUAACAACAAUAGAGACCUAGAAGAGGUUAUUCCUGAAAGCACACCUGUAGGAACAACAGUUCUCACUGUGUCAGCUAGUGAUGCGGAUGUUAACGAACCCAACAAUGAGUUUGAAUUUUUCCUCGAGGACAGGAAUCCCAACAGUGGACAUGCCAGUUACUUCCAGUUGUUCAAAGAUGGUUCCUUAGUUCUCAAAGAAAACUUAAUCAACACUGUCAUAGCAAAUGAUGAACUUCUGUUGAGAGCAUAUGCAAGAGAUAAUGGAUCACCCCAGAAGUCGAGUUUCAUCAAUAUCAAGGUUACUAUCGAUCGGUUGGAGGGAACUCUGACCUUUACCGCCCCAAGUUAUGCAGAAACCAUUGAUGAAAACAGACCUGUUGAUGAAGUUGUUGUUCAGGCUAGAGCUUUCCCAGGCCCAAACAUUAUAUAUAGUCUUGUAGAAGGGGCAGACGGUAACCAGUACUUCAAGGUUGCUUCUAACGGAGACAUCCUUGUAAGAACUGACCUUCGUACAGACAGCGUCAGGGAAAGACCUUUUUAUGAGUUGACAGUUAGGGCGAAGAAAGAGGAAUUGAGUAUUACACAGACAGCAACAGCUCUUGUCAAUAUCACAGUAAGACGCAACCAGAACCCUCCAAUCUUCACUCAAGAGGUUUAUACUGGGCAAGUGUGGGAAAAAGACCAACUUCCUCUUUAUCCAGUAUCUACACCUAUUCUUGCUGAGGAUGCAGAUGGCGAUGUAGUACGGUACAGAAUAGUUGGUGGAGAUAAAUCAGAAAACUUCUUCAUCUACCCAUUUUCUGCUACAUUUAUGGUUGUUGGCUCUCUGGAGAAUGACCCAAGACUGGUUUACACGUUAACAAUUGAAGCAUCUGACCAACGCAAUCCUGCAAGGACUGAUACAGCCCAGGUCCAGAUCACUGUUGUUAGAGACAGAUUUGCUCCAGAAUUUUUGAAUCUGCCAAAUUUAGCCCCAACCAUUUUGGAAACAAGACAGGAGACAGAUGGAUCCUUCUUCACUAUCCAGGCCAGAGAUGAAGACCUCAGGGGAACUUUGACAUUUGAAAUUGUUGGAGAGGACCUUGCUCUGGGCUUGUUUAAACUGGUGGUGAAUGGAAAUGAAGCGCAAGUUUUAGUUCAACAGGACAGUAGCCUUAGACAGGACCUUAGCAAUGAGUACAUUCUGCAAGUGAGAGUGUUUGACUCUGUCUACCCAGAUGAAGUUGACCAGGAUACUCUCACUAUCAGAGUCACACGGAAUCCAAAUACACCAGACAUACUUAACCUUGGUAACCUCAAUGCAGAAAUUUGGGACACACAUCCCAUUGGAGAAUUCAUUCUUGAUGUCAAUGCCACAGAUGCAGAUAAUGAUGCCCUGACAUACUCAAUAACUGAUGUUGGUAGUUUGGAGUUUUACUACAUUAAUCCAACAGAUGGAGUUAUAACACUGAGAAAAUCAGUGUCUCGCUCUGGUCCACCUUCAAACCAGGUAUCACUGCAAGUCUGUGACGAGAGAGGUCCAUACUUGAAAUGUGCUCAAGCGGUUGCUACCAUUACCAUCAAGCGUAAUGGUGUCUCCCCAAUAUUUUUUGGUCCAUAUAUCCGCUCUCUGGAUAGAAACGCUCCUGCAGGAUCAUUUGUAGUUGAUACUGAUGCCCAAGAUUCAGAUAGAAGGGGUGUGAUCAUCUAUGAAUCAACAGGGCGCUUUGAAUCAUCAAAUUCUUUCUUCGAAAUCGACAGAAAUAAUGGCACCAUCAGAACCACCAAAAACAUGAACCGUGAUGGAACCGUUGCUCAGCAGUAUCUGUUUGAGAUCAUUGCAUAUGACAGUUUUUACCCGACUGAUCAAGCCACUGCCACUGUCACUAUCAAUGUUAAUAGAAAUCCACAAGCACCUGCGUUCAGAGAUAAUCUUGGAGCGAAUUACUUUGUCUCCAUUGAUGAAACACAAGCUGUUGGAACAACUGUUCUUCGGAUGAAUGCUACAGACACAGAUGGGGACACUGUUACCUUUGAGAAAGACAGUAACUGGGAAGCACUGGACUCGAGAACUUUCUUCUUAGAUAGAAAUACAGGUCAAAUCAUUUUGUUAAGACCACUGGAUGAUGCUAAAGAUAACAACAGAUAUGUGUUCCAAGUGCAAGCCCAGGAUUCAGUACCAGAUCCACUGAAGAAAUUUUCCAUAGCAACAGUUACUAUUGAGGUAGUGUUUGACAGCCCACCAGUAUUUGAUUCGGCGAACUACACUGCUGUAGUGUCGGAGCUUGAACAGCCUGGUUAUACCUUGAAUGUUGACAUAGGAGCUAGUGAUCCUGAUUCAUUUGCUGGUCAACUGUUCUAUGAAGUCGUCGGAGAGCUUAGAGCUCCUUUCUACUUCAAUGUGUCAAGGGAUCCAGUUACAAACAAGGCCAUUGUUAAGCUGAGAAACAGUCUCCUUGGAGACCCAGUUACAGAAUUUGAUGUAAAGCUUCAAGUCUAUGAUGUGAAUUUUCCAUCGAAAAAAGUAUACACUCACCUGUAUGUAACAGUGCUCCGUAAUAUCUUUGCUCCUGUUAUUGCCAGCAGAAAUGUUAGGAUAUUUGAUUAUCAUAAUACCAGGAUACCUAUCCAUAUGAUGAGUGGAACUGAUGGCGAUAAUGAUGUCCUUAUAUAUUCAAUGCGAGGUGAAGGAGUACCAGAAAUGUUUGACAUUGAUUAUCUAGAGGGUGGAAUAUAUGUGCUAGGAGACUUGCGCAAUAAUGGAACAAAAGUCUUCCGAACAUUUGUAGAAGCCAGAGAUCAAAGAAACCCGGAGAAAACCGGCACGGCAGUAAUUACAAUCAAUGUAGAGUAUGACGAUGUGCCACCACAAAUCGAAAACCAGAUAAACGGUGUCAUUGAGGCAUUUAUUGAUGAGAAUGUUGAUAUUGGAACAAGUGUGGAAACUAUUACAGCGAGGGAUCAAGAUAUCAUUUCAGAUGGAGAGGGAUCCAUUGUCUAUGAACUACAACCAACUGGAAAUGGCGUAGGAUACUUCACCUUACAGCCUAAUGGAUUGAUAGAGACUGCAAGAUCAUUCAACAUGUCCCAGAGAAAUGUCUUCAACUACACUGUGACAGUGCAUGUCUAUGACUCGAGGUAUCCAGAAAACUGGGUACCUGCCACCCUGUUUGUAAGAGUUGUGAGGAAUGAGAAUGGACCAGUGUUUAAUCCAGCAUCCUAUCAAAUACUAAUUGAUGAGACAGUUGCAAUGUACACUUCUAUCGGUCAGGUGUUCGCUACUGAUAGAGAUGUUCUGGAUGAAGUAACCUUUUCUGCUAGUGCAAGUAGUUUGUUUUAUGUCGACCCUGUAUCUGGUGUGAUAAGAGUUAUUGGAGAUGUCCUGAAUGACAUUGGGCAGGCAACGCAGUAUACUCUCCAAGUGACGGCUACAGAUAACUUCAGACCGGUUUCUAAGACCCAAACAGUUAACGUCAACAUCAUUGUUAAUCGUGACAGUUCCACUCAGUUUACUGGACAGGAUCCACUGAGGCUAUCAGUGUCUGAGAAAGAAGCAGUCAAUUUUACAAUCACAAACUUUGGUAACAGGAUCACAGCUCAGGACAGUGAUCUUCAGGAUUCGCAGAUUACCUUUGAGUUGGUUUCAACACCGGCCUCAGCACUAGGAUCCCAUUACUUUGGUAUAAAAAGAUUUGACAGCAACUCUAUGGAUGUUUUCAUCAGGAACAGUUUGAUGAGUGGCUUUAGGAACAUGAAUAUAUUCCAGCUUCGAAUUGUGGCAUAUGAUGCUCUUCGACCUCGUAAUAAAGUAUACAAAGAUGUGUUCAUCACAGUGAUCCGUAACCAGGGAGGCCCUGAAUGGACCUUUUUCCUUGAUGAUGUAACAAUUCGUGAAGAUUUACCUGAAUUUGACAUUGUUGCAAAUGUCAGUGCGAGAGAUACUCAAGAUAAUGAUGAAAUUACAUAUGCCAUUACGAAUGAAGUGGUAAGAGCGCUAACCUCAGGACCAUCACAAUAUUUCAUGAUUGAUAGUAAAACAGGAGUUGUUCAACUGAAGGAAUCAGUACUUGGAUCCAAUAUUGAUUCAUUUGAGCUCACAAUUCAAGCAUGUGACAGUGGCAUUCCAAAGAAAUGCAUUCCCAGAGUGAUGACAAUAACUGUGAGCAGGGAUCACUUCCCACCUCGAUUUGGUUCAGAUCCAUUUGAAUUCUUCAUGAGUGAGAUUGAAAAUGUUGGAUACAGCAUUGGAAAAAUAAGCUCUACAGAUAACCAGCCUUUCGGUCCGACUGUUUAUGAGUUGAUCAAUCCUCCGCAGUUCUUUGCACUGAAUGAAACGACUGGAGAACUCAGCUUGAAGGAAUCCCUCUUAAACUACACUAAUCUAGUGUAUAGGUUCCAAGUUCGUGCUUACGAUACAGGAGAGCCAUUAUAUAUUGCAACAGCCAAUGUGAUUGUCUAUAUAUCUAGAAAUCCAAGCGGCCCUGUGUUUAAAUUAGCACCAUAUGUUAGAGAAGUACAUGAAACAUUCCCAGUUGGCGACAUGCUGUUUGAUGUUGAUGCUGAAGAUCUGGAUGGGGAUACUUUGGUAUACUCACUUGGUGGUAAUGAUGAAGAUUUAUCUUACUUCUUCAUAAACCCAAUCACAGGUGUUAUCAGUCUCCAGAAGUCUCUCAAAGAUCCACCCAAAACAAGAUUCACGUUUUUUGUAAGAGUGCGUGAUCAGAGACCAGUAGAAGAAAAGGAUGCGACCGCCAGUGUUCAGGUAGAUGUGGACAUUGAUGAUGCCCCGCGCAUCACCAGUACACCAGUUAUUACUCCCCUACAGGAGUUCGCUGAGGCUGGACAAGAAGUACACACAGUUCAAGCCAUUGACCUUGACCUAGCUGGUAACAUGACCUAUGAUCUUGUUGGUCGUCCACCUGCUGGAUACAUGUUCAACCUAGACUCGAGAACCGGGGUGAUUACUUUGCUGAGGGACAUCGAUAACGGACCGGAUAGAUUAAGCACGUAUAUUCUGGAAGUUGUGGCCUAUGACAAUUUAUAUCCUGACAACAAGGCUACACAGACGAUGACUGUCUCUGUAAUUGUGAAUCCAGGCACUCCUGAAUUUAAACCAAAUGCAAACUACCGUUUCCAAGUGAAUGAGACUGUCCUGCCAGGAUCAUUGGUUGGCACAGUUCUUGCUACAGACAGUGAUGGAGACACAGUUGUAUAUGACCUGGUAGGAUCAACAGGUGAUGCUACAAGUUUCUUCUUCCUUAAUGAAAAAACGGGUGAAAUCAGAACUCAAGAUCGAUUGACGGAUGCUUCCCAAGAUAUAUACACAUUGACGGUUCAAGCUAGCGAUGGACGGGGACAACCUGUGCAGGGACAAGUGGAAAUAACUGUUGUGCGUAACCCAGAUGAUAUAAAACCUGUAUGGCUAGACACUGAUACAGAUGGAGCAUAUAGAGCAGAUAUUUUAUUCAAUGUACCCGUAAAUAGGACCAUCAGUAACAGAGUGCGAGCUUUCGACAGAGACUUGCUGGGCCAGUUACGAUAUGAAGCCAUAGGUGACAGAGUUGCCAUCAACUACUUCCGGGUUGACCCAAUAUCUGGAGAUGUGGAAUUAAUGAAAGGACUCGAUACUGACGAUUUUUCAGCUCUUGUCUACAGGCUAUAUGUAGUGGCGUAUGACACAGCACGGCCUACAAAUAAAGCUGAAACAGUGCUAUAUAUUUCUGUUACACGAAACCCAACCACACCAUCAUUUGGAGCAGGUGAAAUCCAGUACUCAGUAUUUGAAAAUAGGCAAAUUGGAUUCACAAUAGAUCGGUUGCAGGCUGAAGAUGCUGAUGGUGAUACAAUCGUAUAUUUCACGGAAUCUCCUUCUCCUCCGGAAACACAAACUUACUUCUCAAUGAAUCAGAGAACGGGCAUCAUUGUAGUGAAUGGCGAUUUGAGAGACAGCAGAAGAUUUGGUGAUGAAUACAAAUUUAUCGCAGUAGCUAACGAUCAAGGCAUCCCUCAAAAGACUGGUACAAUAGCCGUGACUAUUUUUGUUGAUCGGGACCGAUCUGAUCCUGUCUUCCAAUCACGAGAAGUUAAUGUGACAAUUGAUGACAAGUACACUAUAGACCAGUUUGUUACCUCUGUUGUUGCUUCAGAUUCAGACAUGCGAGAGAACAUCCGCUAUGUUGCAGCCAACGACAGCUAUGCAAUGGCUUUCUUCAAGGUUAACCCAACGAACGGUUUUAUUUCAGUCAACAAGAAUCUCAGUGUUACUAGAGAUACAUACUUUAGGAUGGAAAUUGAAGCAUAUGACACAUUCUUCCCUACUAACAGAGCAAAAGCUAUUGUCAACAUUUUUGUGAUAAGAAAUGGUGAUGAAAUCUCAUUUGUGAACCCCGGAUCAUACUUCACCUCAGUAAAUGAGUACCGAGGAUUGUUUGAAGAGAUAUUCAGGGUUACAGCCAUUGACCAAGAUGGAGAUUCAGUAUCGUACCGCAUUGUGAACUCACCUCUUGCUCUUCAAUACUUUUACCUGGACCGUUCCAGCGGAGCCCUCAUGAUCAGGAAAACUCUUGCUGAGAAUCAGCUUAAUGACACAUAUGUGUUUACCAUUGAGGCACGAGACUCCAGAAUGUACUUUACUAAAUAUGCAUACGCUACAAUGAGGGUCAACGUGCUGCGUAACCAGCCACCAGUAAUUAACAACCUUCCUGAUGGUGUCACCAUUUCAGAAAAUAUUUUACCAAAUGAAGUCAUUUUCUCAGUCCAGGCUUUUGAUCCAGAUCUUUUGGCAGGAAGUUCGUUGGUGUAUUCCAUUGUUGGCGAUGGCUAUGCUCCAGGGUAUUUCAAGAUAAAUGAGGGCAAUGGACAGAUAUCAGUAUCAUCAAGCCUUAGGAAUACCAAUCAGUUGAGCUAUACGGUGAGAGUAAGGGUAUAUGAGAGCAAGAUACGGCAUAUGGCAGCAUUUGCUAAUCUGACAGUUUCAGUGACUCGCAACGAUUUUGGACCAUCAUUUAAUGAGACUCCAUACUUCAGAGAUCUUGAAUGGCGUGACAAUCCAGGCAAAGUUGCUGUCACUCUCUUUGCCACUGAUCCUGAUGGAGACACAGUAACAUAUGAUUUCGGAGCAAAUGAUGCUGCAGUCAGCCAAUACUUUAGUCUCGAUACUGUCACAGGAAGAAUGACUCUGAGACGAAAACUUGAUCCAAACACAUCUCAAAUCACAGUACAAGUUGUUGCCUCGGAUAACCGUGGAAAGACGGCCAACACUCAGGUCAUUUUUAAUGUAGACAUCGACAGAGAGAACCCUGCUUUCGAUCCACAACAAGCCGUCAUUGCUUUUAGAACAGAGGAGACUCGACCCACAGGCUAUACUAUUGGCUCUGUAUUGGCAAAGGAUGGCGAUCUUAGAGGAAAUAUCGUUUAUGAGACUGAUGGAGGUUUCCUGGGCGAUUAUUUCUUUGCUGUGAAUCGAACUACUGGUGAAAUCUACAUUUUGAGAGAUUUGACAGGGGACACAGAGGCUAGAACAUUAUAUACUUUGUACAUUGUGGCAUAUGACGAUAAGGUACCUGAGAAUCGUGCCAGGGUAGAAGUCCAGAUAACAGUUGAUCGUAACCAAGGAUUCCCACAGUUUGAUCGUUCAAAUUACUUUGUACAGUUGGAUGAAUUUCAUCAGUUAGCUGUCAGUGUGGUUAACAUUACAGCGUCAGAUCCAUUAGACAAUGAUAAGAUAACAUACAGUAUUGAAGAUAACAGCCAGAGUCAGGAUGUGAAUCGUAACUUCUACAUUAAUUCUGAUACCGGAGUAAUAUAUCUCCGCAGAAGUUUAGUAGGAAGUCAAGGGGAAGACUUUAAUUUUGUUGUUGUUGCUACUGAUGACGGUAACCCUCAAAGAUCAAGUCAAGCAAAUGUGAGAAUCGUGGUGGUACCUGUUGGCAUCCCAACAUUCAACCCGCCACUUGAAAAUACCAUACGAGAAAACAUUCAGAUCAACACGGAGGUUAUCAAGGUCGAAGCUGUUCACCCAAUCCCAUCUAGAACACCGGACCUUGUUUUUGAGAUUGUUGGACAACCUCCAAGCCCAUACUAUUUCCACAUAAACUACGAAGAUGGAGACAUCCGUGUCAACAGAAGCUUGAAAAAUGAUGACAGAGAUUUCUAUAUUAUAACUGUGAAAGCGUAUGACCCAGCCACACCUUUACGAGCAGCAUAUACCGAUGUGACUAUCACUGUGAUUCGAAAUGUAAAUCCACCCAUAAUUCCUCGUGACGAGUAUGUUGUCACUUUGUAUGAUAAUGAACCGUUGAAUACUAUUGUCACCAUCGUGAAUGGAACAGACGCAGAUGGGGAUCAGCUCACAUACACCAUAACUGGCAACCAGGACUGUCUAGAUACAUUCAAGAUGGAGUCCAGUGUAAUGAAUUAUGGUGUAUUGACCUUGGACAAGAACCUCAUGCUCACAAGCGGUUCCAGCUUUGUUUGUGAUGUUACUGUAACUGACAAUGGCAGGCAAAAUCCAAAGUUUGACACAACAAGAGUUAUUAUAAAUGUCAUUCGCGUACAGCCACCAACAUGGGUUACUAAUGUUGAAUAUAGGAAAACCAUUGAUGAAGAUGAGCCUGUGGGACUAGAUCUGGAAACACUGAGUGCAACCAAGCCGGAUAUAGAGGGUCGUAUGUUCUAUGAACUAAUUGGUGACUUCCCAGCAGAAUCUUAUUUCCAAGUUGACAACACUACCGGCCUCGUCGAGUUGUACCGUGAUCUUAGAUAUGACAGUUUCCGUACAGACACAUAUGUGUUGAAGGUUGUUGCAUAUGAUACGGCUCGUCCAUUGUUGAGGACCACUGCCACAAUUUAUGUGAAGGUUAAUCGUAACCUAAAUGGACCAAGAAUAAAUCCACCAAAUGUUGAACUAAAUGUUGAUCAAGAUGAAAGUCUUUCCUGGGGAUACCCAGUUAAUGUGACAGAUCCCGAUAGUUCAAACCCAAAGUGCUCCAUCAUUGGUAAUACAAAGGCAGAUGAGUACUUCAAAAUCAACCCAGAUACAUGUCUUAUCACACUUAGGAAAAGCCUUGCAGAUGAUCCAGAUCUGACUACAAGAUAUGAGAUUCAAGUAAGAGUGGAUGACAACAGCUCACCAAACAAGUUCACAACUGGCUUUGUGUAUGUGAAUGUACCACGUGAUCUUCGUGAUCCUCAGAUUAACCUACCACGAACAGUAAAUAUUGAAGAAACGGCUCAACCUAAUUUCCUAGUUUUUGACGUGGAUGGAACUGAUCAGGAUUUAAGGGGAAAAAUUAUAUACAGAAUCGUUGGAGAUUUCCCAGGCAGCCAGUACUUUCAAAUUGAUGAUGAGGGAAGAAUUACUGUGAGAUACUCGCCAAUGUCUGACACGCUCGAAUCUGGAACAUACACUAUUCGGGUAGAAGUCUAUGAUAGCGUCUGGCCAAACAACAAACAAUACGGGACAUUGACUAUUAACAUCAACCGUAACCCUGGAAAACCAACAUUCACCCAGUCAGUUUAUGAAAAACAAAUCAAUGCAGAUUUCCCAUCUGGAGAUAUCAUUUUAACUGUAAAUGCUACAGAUUCAGAUAAGGACAAGAUCACCUAUGUAAGCCUGGCUACACCAGAAGUCAGAAAAGUUCUGUUCUUGUCGGAGAGUGGAGAAGUGUAUCUCAUGGAAGAUUUGAUAGACCUGACCCAGAGAACCACAUACGAAUUCCAAGUGGAGGCUCGUGACAACCGUAAGACAAACCCGCAGACUGACACAGCAACUGUUCGGGUGAUUGUUACACCACUUGCUGGUCCUCCGAGGUUCGCAGACCAAUAUGUCCAAGUGGAGAUCCCAAUAACACAGGCGAUCAACUCUUCAUUCUAUUCUGUCAGUGCUUUUGAUCCAGAUCUAAGGGGCACCGUUCGCUACAUACUGGAGGGAAUGCCGCCAGGAACAUCCUUUUUCCGUCUGGAUGAAGGUUCAGGACAGAUCUUUGUUACACAGAGUCUUGUCAACAAUAUCAGGGAAUACACGUUGUUCAUCUCAGCCUAUGACACUGGAAUGGAGAGAAUGGACAAAGGUUAUUUGACAGUUUCCGUAAAGAUUCUACGUAACUUGAACACACCGCGGUUCGAUAGUGGCCAGACUACAUACUAUGCUUCCAUAAAGGAUUAUGACCCAACAGGAACGUUUGUCAUUAAAAUCAAUGGUACAGAUGACGACAUUACUUAUCCAGAGAAUGCAAUUGACUGGGGCCUUGUAGUCGGAAAUGUUGGUACAGAUUAUUUCAGGAUUGAUUCAAAUAGCGGACUUAUCUCUUUGUCCGAGCGUGUCUCCUAUGAUCCUGCCCGGCCAUCACAGUAUGUGUUGUAUGUAACCGCUUCCGAUCGUAGCCCUGACCCAGCCACAGUGCGUGCAGUUACUGCCACUGUUACAGUUAGCGUUGAGAGAAAUGUUGCGCCCGUCAUUUUGGACAAAAAUAACUAUGUUAGGACCAUAUCUGAAGGUGCUGAUUUGGAUACUGUAGUGUUUGAGAUCCGAGGUACUGAUGGUAACCCAGCAGACUCUCUGAAUGGACAACUAACAUAUGAUAUUAUAGAUGAAGAAGCAAAUAAAAAAUUCCAGAUUGACAGCAAUGGUGCAGUUACACCUAGAGUUACAUUGAAAGAUAUAGAUCAGCUUAAUUGGCAAUUUACUGUUCGUGUCAGUGACAAGGGUAUUCCUCCACUAUCCGAUAAUGCUAGUGUUACAAUCAAUAUACAAAAAGUUGGAGCUCCAACAUUUAACCCAGAUAGAUAUUCUUACUACUUAGAUGAGAAUGAGAAUGUUGGUAAAUUCUUGGUAACUCUAAAAGCGGAUGAUCAAACCCCAAAUGGACCUUUAAUCUACGCGAUCAGAGGAGAUGGUUUGGCACGGGAGUACUUCAGACUGGAAAUGAAUAAUGAUGCAGCAGAAGUUAGAGUGAACAAGUCAUUCAUUCUUGAUGACAACAAUACUCCGUUUUACAUCCUUAGAGUUCAUGCAUAUAGACAGCGAGAACCCAAUGUGUUUGCUGAAGCUAUUAUUACAGUGUAUAUUAACAGGAACCCAAAUGCUCCAAUCUUUUCUCAUGGAGACCUUGUAUUUACCAUUAAUGAGACCAUCGCCUUAUAUUCUGUAUUUGGUAGGGUAAAUGCCACAGACAAAGACAAAGGUUCAAAUGGACAAAUUGUUUAUCAGAUAAGUGAGUCUGACAGGUCACCAAACUAUCUGUUUGAUUACUUUAAAGUGAACGAAAACAACGGAGAACUUAGUGUAAUUAAAUAUCUCAGGAGUGACCGGAACACCAAAACAUAUACCAUGUUUAUCAUUGCUGCAGAUAAGGGAGUUCCCUCUAAGUUCAAUCAGGUGAAGGUUACAGUGAAUGUUCUACGAAAUCCAAAUCCUCCAACAUUCCAAAACACUCCAUACAGAACAUCUGUUAAUGAGAACGAAGAGAUCAAUUACUCUGUUAUUAAAGUUGAGGCUACUGAUGCUGACGGUGAUGAUGUAGUCUAUCAAAUCAAAAAUGAACCUCCAGCAUCUCUCUACUUCAAUAUUGAUGAAACAACUGGUGUGAUCACCACCAAAGCGUAUCUAUAUCAAGACAAUGUAGAAUAUUAUACUAUAACUGUGCUUGCUUCUGAUAAAACUCCUGCUGCUCAAACAGCUGAGGCCAACGUCAUCGUCGAUAUCAUCAGAAAUCCAAAUAAACCAGUUUUUGUACAGGAUGGAUGGAAUGCUUCAAUUUCAGAGUAUGAUAGCAUUGGAACAAUAGUGGUAUCAGUAUCAGCCACAGAUGAUGAUAAUCCAAAUAGUAACAGUGGUAUAAUACGCUACAAGUUUGGCGAGAACAUACAGCCCCCAGAUGCAAGACCGUUCUUCUCCAUCAGUUCAACUGUCGGUGAUAUUACAAUAUCAAGAAGUUUGAUAAGAACAACGCCGGUACCACUGACGGUCACUCUAGAAGUUGAAGCAUACGAUUUGUCAUUUAGACCAAAGACUUCCACUACAUUGGUUACUGUAGAAAUUGUCCGUAACCGAUUUGCACCAGUCUUCACCAACGGUUUGACAUAUGAGAAAACAGUCUAUGAGCGUGAUCAACUAUAUUUGGUAAUUGCCAAUUUACCUGCUUCUGAUCCAGAUAUAGAAGUGCCACUUAAUAAAGAUACUCCAAAUGCAGACAUUAUAUAUAGUUUGAAAAACGAUCCUAACUCAUACUCAAGGUUCUUUGAAAUUCGACAGUCUGGAGAGCUGAUCAUCAGACAACAGGUGCACUUGCCCUUUUUACAGGACAACACUUUCAAUGUUACAGUGACAGCUUCAGACAAAGGUUGGCAGCCAAGAUCUACCGAAGCCACAGUAAUUAUAAAUUAUGUACCGUUCAACGAUUCACGAACAGAACUGGGAUUCAUACAGCCCCUCUGGUCGCUACUAGUUGCAGAGAAUACAGCUUCAGGCACUGAAGUGCAGGUGCUCGAUGUAGUGAACCAGGAGGGCUCUAUAGUCUGUACGAUCUUGGAGGGAAAUAUUCAGGGAACAGCAGGUCCACUUUUCUCACUGGAACCAGACAGAUAUUCAAAGAACUGCAUUCUGAUCUUGCGCGGGCAGCUUGAUUAUGAGAAAAAGAAUGAAUAUGAUUUAUAUGUGCAAGUUGCUGAGUCAAGAACCAAACGUCAAGUGGGUUCUAUCUACAAUGCCUGGAAACAAGCAACCGUUCGGAUCAGAGUGAUUGACAUCAACGAUAACUCUCCCAAAUGGUCCAUACCCACUUACCCACAACAAGACAGCGAAGUCAAGAACAAGUACUUUGGUCUGUACCAAGACAAUAUUGCAGCUGGCGAGAUGAUCCUUACCAUCUCUGCUUCCGACAUAGACUCUGGAAAUCUAGGUCUUGUAGAGUAUAAUCGUGGACUUGAAGAAAAAGAUUUUCCAGCUGAUACCAGCAUGCCAUUUACACUUGAUCCUCAAACUGGAGACAUCAAAACAUCAAGCGAAUUAAAGGAUAAAGUUCCAACAUACAGAUUUGCGGUUCAAGCCAAGGACAACCCAGGACAAUCCACUAACCAGAACAGCAUAGAUGCUGAAGUUGUGAUACAUCUUGUAGAAGAUAAGCAUAGAUUUGUUGCUGUGUUACCUGGUACACCACGGAAUUAUGUGGAGGAAAUUGAAAACCUCAGAAGGGCUAUACAAGACUUCACUGGCUAUAUCUGUCUGAUAGACAGAUUUGAAUUCAAGCGUAUACAGAAAGGACAAAAUGAAGUGCUAAGAGACGAGACUGGAACUGAUGUAAUCUUUGCCUUGGCUCAACCAGAUAUACCUCCAAACUUCCCACUUCUCCUCAACACAGAUCAAACUGUUCAAGGUCUGUUUGAUGGCCAGUUUAUCAGCUAUAUCACCACUAAACUUAGUGUUGAAGAUGUUCAUCCACCAUACCCAGGUGCUAUCACUCGUGACUUUGUUCUUACCAAAUCAUACAUAUGGUGGACGGAUGAUCCAUGGGCAUCUCUGGUAGCCCUCGUUGCAAUUUCUAUACUACUUGCUCUUGUUGGAAUCAUAGUUCUCGUCUUCACACAUUCCAGAUACACAAAAUACAUCAAUAACUACCGUGUCUAUCAGACAACAUACCAGACCCCAGAAUUUGUAGAGCCGCCAAGCUUCCUUCGCGAGUACGAGACUCAAAGUUUAGCCAUGUAUGUACCACCAGAUGAAGCUGUAGGCGGAGAAGCACAGUUAUCAAUGAACUUUUCAGCAGAAGGAAUAACAGACGUAGAGACAUCUGGAACUGCUGCCAUAAAUCCAGUUUAUGUAGCUGAUGAAUCUACAGGUCCAGCAAUUCACACUACAUAUACACAAGAUACCACUCUUCUCUAGAUAACACAAUUUGCUUGCCAUAUCUUAAAUAAUGCAACUCUACAACUUUGUGUCACUCAAAAAAAAAAAUGGGAAGAAAAACACUAAUUUGUUAAUGACUUUAAAAUGUGUUAAAAAUCGUACACCAAAGGAUUAUGGACAUGAAGUAUUAUCGAUAAAGAAGAGAAUCAAAGACUUGUUAUGACUUGAAAUAAAGUUUAUUUUGAUUUUCCUUAAUUAUUUUCUAUUUUUAUACUCUUACAUUUUGAGUUUGCCGCUAAAUUUAUAGAUUGUUAACUCUUCAAGAUAUUAAUUUUGUUAGAUAUUCAAAAUGACACACAGAUGUUGCGAACAACCAUUUUUGUUCAAAUAGGUUUAUUCAUGCUUUUAUAGACAAUAUAUUAAAAAAGCAUUUAGUUAUGUUGAUGCCAUGUAUUCUUAUUUCUCUAAACAGAGCCGAUAUAUUAUGUGCAUAGUUUCAUUAGUGCUGCAUUUUUAAACUUAAAGUUACACAUUAGCAGCUAUCUUCUGGAUAUUUUUUUUGCUAAUUUUUCUUGAUUUAGAAUGUCACUUUAGAAACUUUCUUGAAUUUUUAUGUCAAUUUUACAGUUUUGAAUCUCGCUUUUGAUCACAUUUGUACCUGGUACGAUACUCAGCUUUAAUGAUUUCUAGACACAAUGUUAGUUUUACUUAGAAUGUCCUAUACUAUAAAUAAAUAUAUGUUUUGCAACUAUAGUAAAUGCACACAUACUGUUACUGCUGUUCUUAUAUAUAUAUAUAUAUAUAUAUACAUAUCAUUUUUAUAUUGUUAGAGUGCUAAGAGUUAUUUUUGUACACUUAAAAGAUAAAUCCAUGUCACAAAGCAUAGUCUCUGUGCUCAACUGCUGCAUCCUUAGAUCAUGUGGAGGUAGUAGUUUUGGACAGGAAGGAAAAUUGUAUAGAUUUUGAAUUGUUCAAUUUGUGCUAACUGAAAAAAAGAGAACAAAGAAUUUUGUAAUAAAUAGCUUUUGCUAAAUUUUGAGAUUUGUAUUUUUUAUAAAUAAAUAAAAAAAAUGAUACUAUA